AUGAAUAGCUUAUUUUUAUUGUUAUUUAUAUGCUUCAAUUCGGGGUGCGGUCGGAAAUACUAUGAAGAAGACAUUGACAGAGCUUUCCGUAGUGCAGAGGCUGAGAUUCUUCCAUUCAGGCCCCACAAUGUUUUUUCGUCUGAUGACAGCUUGAUGUUGAACUAUAGUAUUGCUGCAUUGGCUGCUAUUAAAAUGGCACAGAAGACCAGAGAUCCCCGUCAAAAACUGCCACACCAUUUGUGUCCCCUGAAAAAAUACAAUUGCUUAUAUGGAAAAUACCGUCAUUCUGAUGGCCGUUGUACAAACAUAUUCUUUGCCUUGUCAGGAAGUGCGUAUUCUUCCUUUUCCCGAAGAAUUCCAGCCAACUAUGACGAUGAUAUUUCAACUCCACGACUUCACGGCUAUCGUAAUGGACUUUUGCCACCGCCUGCAGUGGUUGAAAAGCAAAUUGCUAGAACUCCUGCAAUCUAUGCAAUUUCCCUGACCAACACAUUUUUAGAGUUUUCUGAAUUUUUGUAUAACGAUCUUGUUAAAUUUGUAAGGCUUCAAGAUGGACUAGGAUGUUGUGGGACUGGGAAAAGUGGAGAAUGCUUGAACUUUGGAGAAAACUUUCUCGACUGCUAUAUACGAUCUGCUCCAUCCCCGCGUGCUCAUUGCUCAUUGGGACGUCGUGAACAAAUGAAUCUGGCCACUGCUUUCUUAGACGCUGGUCCAAUUUAUCAAGAUUUGAGAGACACCUCCAAAGGAAAAAUAUCAUCAAGUUUUACUCUUGAAUCAACAACAAAAUCUUCAAUUCAUUCAUUAUUAAUCGAUGAGCACAAUUGGGUAGUGGACCAAAUUCAAAAAAAAUUCCCCGACAUGGGUCUGGAACUAAUUUUUGAAGAAGCCAGAAAGUUUGUGAUUGCGGAGUUGCAACAUAUUACUUUUGAGCAAUUUCUUCCUAUUCUACUUGGAGAUGAAACCAUGAAAAAGUAUGAUCUCCGCGCAUCUCAUUGUGACGGCGGAUCUUGUCACGAAGUAGAAGCCAAUACUUUGAAUGAGUUUGGCAGUGCAGUUGGGUUGUUCUACAAAUUUAUGACGUCAUCGGAUAAAAUUUAUAAUCCAUCACUGUACUCGACUUCUGAUUUCUCGACUUCUCCGACUUCAUCUUCAUCUAAAAGUCCCAAUGUUGCGGAAAUCAUUUCUAAAGGUAGAGAUCAUGGAAUUGCGACCUACUCGCAAUGGAGGAAGGAAUGUGGCGGCGGAGAGUUGAAAACAUAUGAGGACCUCAUUGAUUUGAUUGAUUCUAACAUAUUGAAAAGUCUCAGAGACUUGUACCCAGAUGUACUCGACGUUGACCUGAUUCUUCUUGGUAUUGCUGAAAAUCCAGUUUAUGGUAGCUUACUCGGUCCAACGUUUGGUUGUAUCAUGGCUCUACAGUUUCAAAAAACAAAAUUUGGUGACACAUAUUGGUAUACCAACAAACUCACCGAAGACCAACUUGAGGAAGUCAAGAAAACAUCCAUUAGCGCAAUGAUGUGCAGGCAUCAAAAGACGUCGAUUAUUCAAAAGGAUGUAUUCAAAGCAGCCGAUAAUUUCCAAAACAUUCCAAUUUUUUGCAAUUCAUCUGUAUUCGCAAAACCUGACUUUUCUAAGUGGGUUGAGACUCCUGAAAAACACAAGAAUGAACAAUUUGAUGAUAUUCUUGGAGAAUGUAUACUCGAAGUUUUUGAAGCCAGAAACCGUCAAAGACCCGCAACUCUACAGGAAGGUCUUCACAAUUCGGUUGCUCUUAAAUCAUAUGGAAGCAUGAUGCUGGCAAAAGAUGAAGCUGUGAACGAAGCUAAUGUUUCAUUGAUAUUACUUGAAGCCACAAAGAAGCUAGUUAAACUGAAGCAUAUUGAGUUGGACUCCAUACAGAGCGUUAAUAUUGGAGAAGACUUCGGAAAGAAAAGUGAUAGUCAGUGUAAUCCAAAGAAUCUUCCAUGUGAUUCCACAAAUCCAUACAGAAGCUACACAGGAUGGUGUAAUAAUCUGGAAACCCCAUCUUUAGCAAACACUUUUCGUGAACUAAGACGACUAUUGCCACCAGCCUAUGAAGACGGAAUUGAUCUCCCACGCUCGAAAACAAUUACUGGGUCUCGUCUACCUUCCCCACGUGUUAUCUCAAAUAUGGUUCAUCACGCGAAAAAAAUCGAGCAUGUUAAGUACUCGCAUUUUGUAAUGGAGUUUGGACAGUUUAUAGAUCACGAUAUCACUCAUUCGCCAGUAGAUCAGAAUUCUGACGGAACUGCUUUGAACUGUUCAAGGUGUGAUUCUGGCAGAUUCGUUUCUCCGUCAUGCUUUCCUAUUCCUGUUCCAGUAAAUGAUGUGCACUUUGAACCGUUUUCAUGUUUAUCGUUUGUUAGAUCACUGCCUGCCCAAAAAACUCUAGGGUACCGGAACCAGAUGAAUCAGGUUAGUGCAUAUUUGGAUGGUUCCGUGAUGUAUGGUUCGACAAAGUGCGAAGGAGAUCGUCUCAGAACAUUUCAAGAUGGAAAAAUGAAAACCACUCAAACUUCUCGAGCACCGAGACAUUAUGGGAUUACGUUGAGCCAAUCGGAUGAAUCUGAGCAGGAUGGGUGUGUCUCGGCACCAGAUGCACCAUGUUUCAUCGCAGGCGACGAUCGUAACUCUCAGCAAACUCUCCUGAUUGCUGUUCACUCAGUUUUUCACCGAGAGCAUGAACGCAUUACAACGACGCUGAAGGAAAUUAAUCCAAACUGGGACGAUGAGAAAAUCUAUCAGGAAACUCGAAAACUAAUUUCUGCAGAAUUUGCACAUAUUGUGUACAAUGAGUAUCUGCCUAUAAUAAUCGGCCAGAAGUUGAUAGAUGACUACGAUUUGAGACCCAGACAAGAUGGUUAUUAUGACGGAUAUGAGAACUGUGAUGCUUCAAUCCUCCAGCCUUUUGCCACAGCCGCCUUCAGGUUUGGGCAUUCUACAGUAACUCGGUUCACACCAAUGCAAGAAACAGUUCACGAUCCCGCCACUUGUGUUGUAGAUUUAGCUUCCGAUUUUUUGAAUAUGUCGAAGAUUUAUGAUAAUGAAGCUGUUGAGCAGAUAUUAGGUGGAAUGCAUGGAAAGCACCAAAUGAUGACAGAUCGGUUUGUGGAUGAUGCGAUUAGAAACUUUUUGUUCUCGGAUCGUGGAAGACGCGGUACUGGCUUGGAUUUGAUUUCAAUAAAUAUUCAAAGAGGAAGAGAUCACGGUAUUCCACCAUACAAUCAUUAUAGAUCCUUCUGCGGUCUUUCGCGUCUUACAUCAUUCUACUCUAUUUUUUCUGACAUAAACCAAGACGGUCUGACAGCAAUUGGAAAAGUCUACGAAUCACCGGAUGACAUUGAUUUGUUCACUGGGAUAGUAUCUGAAAAGACAAUUCCAGGAGGGAUUGUAGGACCAACCGCUGCAUGCAUUAUUGCAGAACAGUUCAGAAGACUAAAGAAGUGUGAUAGGUUCUACUAUGAGAAUGGAGAAGAUCAUUCAAAAUUCUCAGCGAGUCAGCUGAAAGAAGUCAGAAAAACGUCGAUGAGUGCACUUAUCUGUGCAAACACUAAAGUACCGAAAAUUUCAAAGGAUGUAUUUUCAGUUCCAGAUCCAUUUAGUAACCCGUUGAUCAAUUGUGACUUAUACCCAAAACUAGAUUUAUCCAAAUGGCGAGACGCCAAAGAUUGCAUCUACAAGGGCAAGACAAUUCAGUUACACUCUUCACAGGACAUCAGUGCUUGCACAAAAUGCACAUGUACAAGUGAUGGGGUGAAAUGUGCUUUCCUGUCUCCUGACUGCUCAUCUCACACAAAAGAGGCACUGGCUGAGGAUCCAAUAUGCUUUAUGCAGUGUGCACAUCGCAUCAGAGAUAACUAUUGA